AUGGCUCAGGCCAAUGAUGUUAUUGUUGAUGCUUUGCCAUACAUCGAUCAAGGUUACGAUGAACCAGGAGUGCGAGAAGCUGCACUUUCAAUGGUCGAAGAAGAAACUCGAAGGUACAGACCUACAAAAAAUUAUCUUGAACAUUUACCACCGUUAAAUCUUACAUCUUUUGAGACUAAAAUAAUGAGAAAUGAAAAUGAAAGAAUGCAGCAAAGGUUACCAAUGGAAGUUUUAAGUAUGAGAAGAUAUGAACUUCCACUUCCACCACCUGGAAAAUUAACUGACAUGUCAGCCUGGGCUGAAUGUGUUGACAAUUCAUUAUCGCAGCUAGAACAUCAAGCUACAAGAGUUGAUAAUUUAGAAUUAAUGUUAGAAUAUGGAUGUGAAGCUUGGAGAAGUUAUUUGGAAUUUUUAGUGAAUGAAGUUUCGUGUGCUCAGAAAAAACUUCAAGACAUUCGUAAAGAAAUUCAAGAAAUUAAUUGGGAUAGAAAAAGUUCGCAAACAAGCGGAGGUGAAAAAUUAAUCAAUUUAGAAGCCACAUGGGUUCAAUUAGUUUCUAAAAAUUAUGAUAUAGAACAAGCUAUUGUAAAUUUGGAAACUGAAUUGGCACAAUUAGAAAAAGAACCAGUGAUUCCGAAUGAAGGUUGA